AGUGAGGAGGUACAAAGGUUAGUCGACAAGGACAUCCAUAACAGCGAGGGGGAUGGUCAAGAGGUUGUAGGAAAGAACAUUAGUGAAGUUGUGGCAUGGAUUAACGAAGGCCAGAUACUUUGCUUUGUUGGGACCGAAGGCCUAUGCGCCCAAGUGGAGGCGCUGGGCACCAAGAGGGAGGCCCCAGAGAGGCACUGGACGUCAAGGAGAUGGAGAUAAGUGUGCUGAGGGGUGCUGAUCAGGGCGAGCAGGAUGCUUGCGGAAAGGUCUUUGCAUCAUCAAAGUUGAGUGAGACUACUAUUCGCACGUUGGGGUUGUCCAAUGUUUGGGUUAGAGGCUCUACGAAGGAGAUGCCAGAUUUGGGCAUCGCUAGCGUGCUGGGCCUUGUUAUGUAG